AUGGCUGAACCUGGCUGUGAGACCUCUUCUGAGGAAAGCCUCCGUACCGAGGAGCCCACGACAGCGGAUCGCAAGAGCCCGAAGCAGAAGCAGCCGAGGCACAGAGGCCGCUGCGGGGGCCGCCGCCGCCGCAGCCAGGACAGUUUCGCCACCUACUUCCCCAGGGUUCUGAAGCAGGUUCACGAGGGCCUGAGCCUCUCGCAGGAGGCCGUGAGCGUCAUGGGUUCGUUCGUCAAGGACAUCUUUGAGCGCAUCGCCGAGGAGGCCUCUCGCCUGGCCCGCACCACCAAGCGCUCCACCAUCACGACCAGGGAGAUCCAGACAGCCGUGUGCCUGCUGCUGCCCGGGGAGAUUGGAAAGCACGCCAUGUCCGAGGCCACCAAGGCCAUCAUCAGGUUCACCUUCCACCAAUGA